AUGGCGGCGCCCCUGUUCUCCGGGUAUCAACAGGCCCGAGGAGCCGCAACCGCCAGGAACAAGCAGGCAGUGGAGCGGAAGAAGAGAGACAAGGCUGCUAGGUCACUUGCUAAGGGUAAAAAGGGUCCUCGCGAGUUCAAACAGAAGAGCCUGAAGGACAUGGAACAGUUCGCACUGUGCGAUGCUAUGAGAUACCUUCGCGCAUUCGAAGUCGGCCGCGAGCCAGCGGUAGCCAAAUACGAAGUUCACAUUCGACUGAAGACCCGGCGAGACGGCCCCGUGAUUCGUAACAUGAUCCGAUUCCCUCACUCUGUCCAGACUGAAUCUCGAAUCUGCGUGAUCUGUCCGCCUGGGUCAAGACAUGCGAAGGAGGCUCUCGCAGCGGGAGCGGUGCUAGUGGGGGAGGAUGAAGUAUUUGAGGCAGUGAAGAACGGGAGGAUUGAGUUUGACCGUUGCCUUGCCCACCCAGACAGUAUGGCCGCGCUUACCAAGGCUGGACUGGGUAGGAUUCUCGGUCCCAGGGGCUUGAUGCCCAGCGCGAAGAUGGGCACAGUUGUCGAAGAUGUGGCUGCUCGUGUCGGGAUGCUUCGCGGAGGUACGGUGUACAGAGAGCGUGAUGCUGUGGUCCGACUUCCCAUCGGCCAAUUGGGCUUCUCUCCAGAGCAACUACGAGACAACCUUCGUGUUACCAUUGAUCAAGUGAAGAAGGAUGCCAAUAACCUUCAAGACCGGAUCACGAAGGAGAUCUACGAAGUGGUGCUGAGCUCAACCCACGGUCCUGGUUUCAGUCUGAACGGAGAGUUCAAGUCCGAAGACACCGUGGACCCCGCCUUGUUGACUGGUGCUUAA